AUGAAUACAUUUCCUUCAACAACAACUUCAAGUUCUUUAUUCGGUGCCCAACCAACUACUUCAUCAUCUUUAUUUGGAGCAAAACCUGCAAAUUCUUUAUUCGGAACAAACCCUUCUACACAAACUGGCAAUCUUUUUGGAAGUCAACCUUCUACAGGGUUUGGAUCGACUGCUGGUGUUGGUAUUUUGGGAGCGAAUAAACCGGCGGCUUUUGGUCAAGUUUCACAAUCAAAUCUUUUUGGGCAACAACCUCAACAGCCUGGUGGUGGUCUUUUUAAUUCUGCUUCUUCUGUUCCUCCUACCUUUGGGGCUACAACGACUACUGCAAGCAUUUUUGGGGCCAACAAUACUGGCUCUUCAUUUGGUGGAUUUGGACAACAACAGCCACAACCGACGCAGAUUGGGGGAUCUCUUUUUGGCAGCCCAAAACCUGUUCAACCUUCUUUUAGUUCGUUUGGAGGUAAUCAACAACCGACACAAACAUUUGCAAAAUUUACACCUCCAUCUGCUACUGAUACUAUGCAAUUGAAAGGGUCACAGCAACAAGUUCAAACAAAACAAAUGUGUAUAAGUGCUAUGAAGGAGUAUGAAACCAAAAGUUUGGAAGAAAUUCGUUGUAAUGAUUAUAUUGGGGGAAGGAAAGUGAACACAUCAGUUGCUCCAACAAAUUUUGCACAACCUCAGGGAGGUGUAUUGUUUUCGAAACCCGGCACAGGAUUGUUUUCUACUGUUACAACUACAACACCUGCUACUUCAAGUUCUUUAUUUGGUGCCCAACCAACUACCUCAUCAUCUAUAUUUGGAGCAAAACCUGCAAAUUCUUUAUUCGGAACAAACCCUUCUACACAAACUGGCAAUCUUUUUGGAAGUCAACCUUCUACAGGGUUUGGAUCGACUGCUGGUGUUGGUAUUUUGGGAGCGAAUAAACCGGCGGCUUUUGGUCAAGUUUCACAAUCAAAUCUUUUUGGGCAACAACCUCAACAGCCUGGUGGUGGUCUUUUUAAUUCUGCUUCUUCUGUUCCUCCUACCUUUGGGGCUACAACGACUACUGCAAGCAUUUUUGGGGCCAACAAUACUGGCUCUUCAUUUGGUGGAUUUGGACAACAACAGCCACAACCGACGCAGAUUGGGGGAUCUCUUUUUGGCAGCCCAAAACCUGUUCAACCUUCUUUUAGUUCGUUUGGAGGUAAUCAACAACCGACACAAACAUUUGCUAAUACUCAGCAAGGUCAAACUUUACUUGGUUCAAAUUUAAAUACUUCAGCAUUUCAAAAAGAAAUUAUUGAAUCACAACUUUCUUCACUUCCAUAUGGAGAUAGCCCUCUUUUAAAAGUUUCUACAUCUCCAAGGAAAUCUGCACAGGAUAUUAUCAGUCUUUCAAGGCAAAUAAUUUUUGGUACAAAGGAUGAUCAACAAAAAUUUACUACUACAAGCUCUCAAAAUUCUUUUCUUGCUGAUUUGUCUAUUUCAACAAUUUCAAAGGGAAUUAAUACUUAUGAUAAGGAAAAUUCAAUUGCAGAAACUUUCGAUACAAGUUUAGGUUACAAACCCUUAAUUAUUUUGCCGUCAGUUGGAUUUGGUACAGCAUUAGGAUUGAGACAUGAGCCAAAAUUGACAAAAUCAUUUGCAAGUGAAAAAUCUUUCAUUUCUGGAAAAUCGACAUCACUUCAUUUAAGUUUUGCUGAGGAUGACACUAAAAGAAUUAAAUCGUUGGAUAUGUCUGUGGUUUUUGAGCCUUCUCCAAAUGAAGACAAUUCAUUUAUUGCCGAUAAAUCUUCUCAAGUUAAUUCUGUUCUUGUCCCAUUACAAUUAUCACCAUCUAUGGAGAGUGAACGUCCUACUAUUGAAGAAAUUCAGUCACCACCAGAGAAGACUCUUCCUCCCAAAGAACCUAUUCAACAAAAUAAACAACAACAACAAAAUACUCAACAACUAUUUCAGCAACCACAACAGAAAAAAUUUAAAAUGAAAUUGUCUCGUCCAGAAUAUUAUUCAAAUCCUUUAAUUGAAGAUUUGGAAGCUUUAUUUGACUCAAAAGGAAUUUGUAAAAUUGAAGGUGGAUUAACUAUUGGACGUUUGGGAUAUGGAAGUGUUUUUUGGAGAGGACCUAUAGAAUUACAAGAACCUUUGGAUUUGGAUGAAAUUGUUCAUUUUCGAAAUAAAGAAGUUGUUGUAUAUCCUGAUGAAUCUAAAAAACCGGAAAUUGGACGUGGAUUAAAUAAACCUGCAGAAGUUAGUUUAGAAAAUGUCUGGCCGAUUGAUCCAAAAACUAAAAUGCCGAUAAAGGAUACUGACGAAUUGAUACGAAUGAAUUUUAAAGGCAAAUUGGAACGCUUAUGUGCACGUAUGGAUGCUCAUUUUGUUGAUUAUCAACCAUCUCGGGGGGUUUGGAUAUUUCAAGUUGAACAUUUUUCUAAAUAUGGAUUUCAUGACGAGGAUGAUGACGAAGAUAUUAUUGCUAUUCAACAACAAGAACAACAACAAAUGGAUGUUGAUAAAAUUCAUUCUGCCCAUUUACAAAAUUUAAUACAGAAAGCAAAAGUUCCUUUACGCGAAAUACAAAAAACAUUUGAUGGAAAUAAAAAUAAUAAAAAUAAAAGGGAAUACUUACAACAGCAAACAACGGGAUUUGUUGACAAUAGAGGAGAUUUUGCUGAAUAUAAUGAGGACGAUUCCAAACUUUUUCAAGACCAAAUAAUUUGUAAGAAACUUCGUUUUGAUGAUACUUUGUUUGAUUCCAGUAAACUUUUAAAUAUUGUCACAAACAAAGAACAACAACAAGGCCAAAUUUGUCCACAAAAAUUUAAAUUGGUUGAGCGUUUACCAAAAUAUAUUUAUUCUGGACUUGAUUCACAAAAUUUAUCCAAAUCAUUUUUAAAAAAAUGUGGAAUUAAUUUUCUUUUGCCAAGCUGUAAAAUUGGGUUUAGUCAAGAUUUGGUUUUUGCUGCAAUUCCACCAUCUACACAUUUAAAUGUUGUUAAUAUUUAUCAGACGAGAGUUAUUGUUCCUACAGUUAAGAAUUUCUUUCUUCAAUAUAUUCGUCAAAACAAUUUAAAUCUACAAAAAUCACUUGAAAAUUUGGAAUUGACACAACUUGUUAAAUUUGAUCCUCCAUCACCAAUAUUAAGUUAUUUGGAUAAAUAUUUAACUGAAUCUUUUAUAAAUGGAAAAGAUUUGAAUAAAAGUUUUGAUGGAAUAUGUAAAAUAUUAUUAAUGGAUUUAAAGACGAUUGAAGAUAAAAUCUCUCAAAGAAUUUUAAUGGGUGAUUGGUUAUGUGAACAACUUUCAAUUGAAGACAACAACAAAACAACAAAUAAUAAAAAACCUUUUUUAAAAAUCUUUAAAUUUUUAAUUAAUGGACAAAUUGAAAAAGCAGCAGAAUAUGCAAAAGAACAAAAUUUGUUUAAUUUGGCUUUGUUACUUUCUUUAUAUAAAUGUCCGUCUGUUGGUUUAGUUAGAAAUAUGGUUGCUAAACAGCUUUCAAUAUCUUUCAAACAAACAAAUGUUGAUAAAGAUUAUAUCAAAAUUUUACAACUUUUGUCUGGAGAAUUUAAAAAUUGUGGAGAGUAUAAUAAUUUUGGAGGAGGAGGAAAUGGAUGUUUGGAAGGACUUAAUUGGUUACAAAUACUUGGUAUUCUUAUUUGGUAUCAUGCAUCCCCUACAACAACAAUGAUUGAAUGUUUGGAUAUUUUACAGGAAUUGGUAUAA